GGCCACACUAUUGCCGAACAGCUGUUGCUGCUGACUAAUUAUUAUCUUCGUUUUUCUAAAUACAUUCAACUAGAAUUAAAGGCAAUGCACGGGCGCGUGAAAGUAAGGACCACCGAGGAGGAGCGAGAGCGGAAGAAGAAGGAGCAGGCUCUAAAAGUCCGGGCCUACCGGGCCGCCAUGGGAAGGAUUCAAAAGAAACGCGAAGCGGGGGAGUUGGACAACGAAUUGCUCACUCUAACUGUUCAGAUUCUGCAGCGAAAUCCGGAUGUGAGUACUCUGUGGAACAUUCGCAGGGAGUGCGUGCUGGAGAAGCUGUCCAAACUUAAGGAUGAGCAGAAGAGAUCCCAGCAGGAAGAGGAGGAGAACCCUAAUCAAGAAGAGCUGCUGAAGGAGAAAUCCGAAGUUCAGGAGUCGUCCCUCGCCGACGACAAGGCCCAUUCCAUAUUCAUCUGCGAACUGGACCUCACGGAGCAGUGCCUGAUGGUCAAUCCCAAGUCCUACAACGCCUGGCACCACCGCUGCUGGACCCUGGAGCAGAAUCCCCGGGCGGAUUGGCAGCGGGAGCUGUUGCUGUGCAACAAGUACCUUAAGUUCGACGAGCGCAACUUCCACACGUGGGACUACAGGCGCUAUGUGACCGGAAAGGCCUCGGUGCCCGCAGCCCAGGAACUGGACUUCUGCACCGAGAAGAUCAAGGUUAACUUCUCCAACUACUCCAGUUGGCACCACCGGAGCCUGCUGCUCCCGGAACUCUAUCCCAACGAGCAGAGGGACCGGCCCAUGAGCGAAGAGAAGCUGCAGCAGGAACUGGAGAUGGUGCUGACGGCUGCCUUCACGGAUCCCAACGACAGCAGUGCCUGGUUCUACCAGCGAUGGCUGCUGGGCAGUGGCGCCCAGCUGGAUCGGGCUCCCAGAAUAGCCGCCUUUCGACUGGAGUCGCACGGAGCAGUCCUCGCUCUGGACAAACCCUAUCCAGAUCUUGGGCAACUGCAAACUGAGCUUGUCGGUGGCGAGCAGAAGGUGGUGUUGCAGUCCUGGCUGCCAGUUGAUUGCUCUGGAACCAGUUGGAAGUGCCAGCAAUCAUUCGAUUACCAAAAAAGCAGUACCUACACGCUUAAACUUUCCGAACAGGUGGUAAAUCUCUCAUCUCUUCCUCAUAGCGAAGAUGGGGCCUUUUACUUUGCGCCACCACAUGCCGCCGCCAGUUGCAGCACGGAACUCCUGGCCGAACUGCAAACUCAGCUUCAAUCCUGCCUAGAUCUGCUGGAAUUCGAGCCUGACAGCAAGUGGACUUUACUAACCAGCGCCCUGCUCAUGCGUGCCAUCGAUGUUUCAGCCAAUCACGAAAGGAGUUUAGCACACUUGGCCAAACUGGAGCAGGUGGACGCUUUACGCGAGGGAUACUACAAAGAUCUGGCUGCCAGGUGGACCGUGGAGUCGGAGCUGGCCAAUUGGCCUCAAACUGCUGGAUUUCCCAGGAGCUUUGCGUUGGCUGAGGACGUCGUGCUGGAAUCGCUGCCUUAUAGACAAUACUUUGUCAUAGCGGAUGAGUUAAAGUUGUCCACAAAACUCAGGGAGAAAUUGGGUGACCUAGUGCCGAAAACAUUUACAGACUUGAAGGUGCAGAAAGAUUUGUAGGCGGGAAUUUAUGUUUCAUCUUAAUAGGUUUCCAUUGGAAUAUCUUUAUUUCCCGUUCGAUGCAUUUUGAGCCUAUUUACAUGGUUGGGUAUCCUAAGAAAAUAUAGAUGGAUACAAUUAAUCCAUAAAUUUAUUCAAAUAAGCAGUUAUUCCUAUUUAUAAAUACAUUCUAUUGUAUGGACAAACUCGUUUUGUACAUACCUUGUGUAACCAUUAUUACGCUUUAUUAAUGCAAGUCCGGAAUGUAAGAUCGAUGCGUAAAUAUACAAAUUGUAAUAUA